AUGUCAGAUACUGAUCAGUCUUCAGAGCAAAAGAUCCGGGUAUCUCCUGAAGGUGACCAGGGCUCAGAAACUUAUUCCUAUCACGGAUUCGAUGGGAACGCCGAAGAAACUGUUCGUCAGUUGGCUAGAGAACUUACUCAUCAAAGUUUAGCCUCAACCGAAGAUGGUGGUCAACUAAGUCAGACUACUACUGGUGCUGUUGGUACCGGUACUGUGGCCAGCGAGUUGCUUAGAACCAUAACUUCCAUGUCUCAAGUUCACGGUGUUGUUCCUUACAAUGCCUCAUCUGUCGACGACAUCGAUCCGAAAUUGAAUCCGGAUUCGGAUGAUUUUGACUCCCGAUUCUGGGUUAAGAAUAUGCGAAAGUUGAUGCAAAGCGAUGAGGAGUAUUUCAGACCCUCCUCUCUUGGUGUCGCAUACAAGGACCUUUGUGCUAAGGGUAUUUCUUCCGAUGCCGAUUUCCAGCCUACUGUUGCCAGUAUUCUUUAUAAGUUAACGAGGGAUGCUUAUUUCAAUCUUUUUCGUUCACAUGACGAGUCGCGUCACUUCAACAUUUUGAAACCUAUGGAUGGCCUUGUUAAACCUGGUACUCUUACUGUUGUCUUGGGUCGUCCUGGUGCAGGUUGUUCCUCUUUCUUGCGUUGCAUCUCUGCCCAAACCCAUGGUUUUAAGGUGGACUCUAAGUCAAUUAUCUCUUAUGACGGUUUGUCUUCGAAGGAAAUCGAGAAACACUACCGUGGUGAAGUGGUUUACUCUGCAGAGACUGACAGUCAUUUCCCUCACCUUACCGUGGGACAAACUUUAGAAUUUGCUGCCGCUAUGAGAACUCCUGAAAACAGACCUGCCGGUAUCACCAGAGAGCAAUACUUUAAGCACAUGACCAAGGUUUACAUGGCAACUUAUGGUCUUUCUCACACCUACAACACAAAGGUCGGAAACGAUUAUGUUCGUGGGGUCUCUGGUGGUGAGAGAAAGCGUGUUUCUAUUACUGAGGUGUCUCUUUGUGGCUCCAACAUUCAAUGCUGGGAUAAUGCUACCAGAGGUCUUGAUGCAGCCACUGCCUUGGAAUUUAUUAAGGCUUUGAAGACUAGUGCCGCCCUUUUGGACACCACUCCUCUUAUCGCUAUUUAUCAAUGUUCUCAGGAUGCUUAUGACUUAUUCGACAAUGUUAUUGUUCUUUACGAGGGUAGACAGAUUUACAAUGGACCUGGUACCGCUGCAAAGCAGUACUUCGAGAGAAUGGGUUAUGAAUGUCCCCAAAGACAGACUACCGCUGACUUCCUUACCUCCGUUACUUCUCCUGCAGAGAGAAGAGCUCGUAAAGGUUGGGAACAUAAGGUUCCACGCCUUCCCGAGGAGUUUGAGACUUACUGGAAAAAGUCUUCAGAAUAUGCCGAGUUGCUUGAAAGGAUUGAUGACUACCUCAAAAAUUGCGAGGACCCAUCUACCAAAGAAAACUACCAUGGUGCUAUCGUUGCCAAACAGUCGAAGCACACCAAUCCUGCCUCUCCUUUCCGUGUCUCUUAUGGCAUGCAAAUCAAAACUAUUAUAGUGAGGGAUAUCUGGCGUUUUAAAGGUGAUCCAUCCGUUACUUUGUUUGCCGUUACAGGUAAUACCAUUAUGGGAUUGAUUCUUUCUUCAUUGUUCUACAAUUUGAGCUCUGAUACUAGUACUUUCUACUAUCGUACUGCUUCCUUGUUUUUUGCCGUUUUGUUCAAUGCAUUUUCCUCCCUUAACGAGAUUAUGGCUCUUUAUGAAGCUCGUGAUAUCGUUGAAAAGCACAAGAAAUAUGCUUUGUACCAUCCCUCUGCAGACGCAUUUGCCUCUAUUAUAACUGAGAUGUUCCCGAAGGUUCUUACUUGCAUUGCUUUCAACCUUAUCUAUUAUUUCAUGGUUCACUUCAGAAGAACUCCUGGUGCAUUUUUCUUCUACUUGCUAGUUAACUUCAUUGCCACUUUGGUGAUGUCUCAUAUCUUCCGAUCGAUUGGUUCUUACUUUAAGACUCUUUCUGAGUCCAUGACUCCUUCGGCAAUCAUCCUUAUGGCUUUGGUUAUCUAUACUGGUUUUGUUAUUCCUACUCCUUCUAUGCAUGGCUGGUCUCGUUGGAUCAACUACAUUGACCCCAUUGCCUAUGUCUUUGAGGCCUUGGUCACUAAUGAGUUCUGCGGUUUGGAAUUCCCAUGUUCUGCCUUUGUUCCUGCUUACCCUGACGCAGAUGUCGCGAACAAGGUUUGCUCGGUUACGUCUUCCGUUGCUGGUAGUACGUAUGUUAAUGGUACUGACUAUGUUUGGGAUUCUUUCAGAUAUUCUUACUCGCACAGGUGGAGAAAUGUUGGCAUUGCUAUUGCCUUUGCUGUAUUCUUCUUCUUUGUUUAUUUGGCGUUGGUCGAAGGCAACAAAGGUGCUAUGCAAAAAGGUGAAGUGAUUGUCUUUCAGAGAUCAACUUUGAAACGUAUGAAGAAAGAGAAAAAGUUGGCUGCCUCUACUGCUGCCACUACCGAUUUGGAGGGUGGAUAUUCUUCCGGUGACAAGCCUGCUGGUAUCAAAGAAGAAACGGAGAGCGGAUCUGGUUCAUCUGAUGUUGGAGUUGGUAAAUUGGCCACUGGUAGUGAUAUUUUCCAUUGGAGAGAUGUAUGCUACGAGGUGCAAAUCAAGAAGGAGACCAGACGUAUUUUGGAUCAUGUGGAUGGCUGGGUCAAACCAGGUACUUUGACUGCUUUGAUGGGUGCUUCUGGUGCCGGUAAAACCACAUUGCUUGAUGUUUUAGCCAAUCGUGUCACUAUGGGUGUCGUCUCUGGACAUAUGUUUGUCAAUGGCCGUCAUAGAGAUGGAUCAUUCCAACGUUCUACUGGUUACGUUCAGCAGCAAGAUUUACACUUACAGACAAGUACUGUUCGUGAGGCCUUACGGUUCUCUGCUUACUUGAGACAGCCUCAAAGUGUUUCCCAUGAGGAGAAGAACGAUUAUGUUGAGAAUGUUAUUCGUAUUUUAGAGAUGGAAAAGUAUGCUGAUGCUAUUGUUGGUGUUACUGGAGAGGGUUUGAAUGUUGAGCAGCGUAAGCGUUUGACUAUUGGUGUUGAACUUGCCGCCAAGCCUAAACUUCUUCUUUUCCUUGAUGAGCCUACCUCUGGUUUGGACUCACAGACCGCUUGGUCCAUUUGCCAACUUAUGAGAAAGCUUGCUAACAAUGGUCAAGCUAUUUUGUGUACAAUUCAUCAACCUUCUGCCAUCCUUAUGAAAGAGUUCGACCGUUUACUUUUCCUUGCAAAAGGUGGUAGAACUGUUUACUACGGAGAUCUUGGAGAGAAUUGCAACACUUUGAUAAAGUACUUUGAGGCUCACGGUGCUUCUGCAUGUCCGCCUCAGGCUAAUCCAGCCGAGUGGAUGUUGGAAGUGAUUGGUGCCGCUCCGGGAAGUCAUGCUGCCAAAGAUUAUCAUGACGUGUGGAUGGCUUCUGCAGAGCGCAAGGCUGUCAGAGAGGAGCUUCAAGAUAUGGAGGAGAAGCUUGUAAACGUUGAGAUGGAUGACUCGGGUGAGGCCAUAAGGGAGUUUGCUUGUAGCUUGUGGGAGCAAUAUAUCUGUGUUACUCGCCGUGUGUUCCAGCAGUAUUGGCGUACUCCUUCAUACAUCUGGUCCAAAUUUUACUUGACUGUACUUGCCACAUUGUUUAAUGGUUUCUCCUUUUUCAACGCUGGAACGUCCUUGCAAGGUAUGCAGAAUCAGAUGCUUGCCAUCUUCAUGUUUACCGUUGUUCUUACCACCAUGAUCAAUCAAAUGCUUCCUCAGUAUAUUGACCAGAGAGCUCUUUACGAAGUUCGUGAAAGGCCUGCAAAGACAUUUUCUUGGAAGGUGUUUAUUGCUGCUCAGAUCACGUCAGAGAUUCCAUGGAAUAUUGGUAUAGGCACUAUUGGUUUCUUCUGCUGGUACUACCCUAUUGGUAUGUACAACAACACAACUGCUACGCAUACUACCGCGGAACGUGGCGCUCUUAUGUGGCUUAACGUUAUUUCUUUCUUCAUCUAUUCCUCGACUUUGGGUCAGGCUGCUAUUGCAGGUUUUGAGAAGAAGGAAAACGGUGCUCACAUUGCUAUGCUUUUAUUCACUAUGGCAUUGAAUUUCUGUGGUGUUCUUUAUUACCCAACUGGUUUCUGGUCUUUCAUGUAUCGUGUCUCUCCAUUUACUUACUGGGUUUCUUCGGUGUUGUCAACUGGUUUGGGCAGAUCUACUGUUCAUUGUACUUCGUCGGAAUUUGUCCAAUUCCCACCUCCAUCAGGCAUGGAUUGCUCUACCUAUAUGGCAGAUUACAUUGCUGCUGCUGGUGGUUACUUGGAUGAUCCAAAUGCCACAGACACGUGCAGCUUUUGCACACUUAGUAGCACUGAUACUUACUUGGCCUCUCUUCACAUAACCUACGACCAUCGCUGGAGAGAUUGGGGUAUCUUCACCUGCUACAUUGCCGUUAACAUAAUAUUUACUCUCUUCCUCUACUGGAUAGUUAGAGUUCCUAAAAAGAGUGAUAGAGUUAAGGAUGAGUCUCAGUUAAAGUCGGUUUCUAAGAGACCCGAGAAUGAGCUUCCAGAAGAUAAAUAA